UCCUCACCAUCAUGUGCUACGACCGCUACGUUGCCAUCUGCAAACCCCUGCACUACGGGACCCUCCUGGGCAGCAGAGCUUGUGCCCACAUGGCAGCAGCUGCCUGGGCCACUGGAUUUCUCACUGCUCUGCUGCACACAGCCAAUACAUUUUCUCUGCCCCUGUGCCAGGGCAAUGCCCUGGGCCAGUUCUUCUGUGAAACCCCACACAUCCUCAAGCUCUCCUGCUCACACUCAGGCUACCUCAGGGAAAUUGGGCUCAUUGUGAUUAGUGCCUGUUUAGUGUUUGGUUGUUUUGUUUUCAUUGUUUUCUCCUAUGUGCAGAUCUUCAGGGCUGUGCUGAGGAUCCCCUCUCAGCAGGGACGGCACAAAGCCUUUUCCACCUGCCUCCCUCACCUGGCCGUGGUCUCCCUGUUUCUCAGCACUGUCUUGUUUUCCUACCUGAAGCCCCCCUCCAUAUCCUCUCCAUCCCUGGAUCUGGUCCUGUCAGUUCUGUACUCAGUGGUUUCUCCACCUCCCAGCAGGGAGAAGCCUUUCAGGUGCUUGGAAUGUGGGAACAGCUUCAGGAAGAGCACCCAGCUCCUCACCCACCAGCACAUCCACACUGGGGAACGGCCCUUUACGUGUGGGGAUUGUGGAAAGAGCUUCAGUGACAGCUCCACCCUCCACACCCACCAACGCAUCCACACUGGGGAACGGCCCUACACGUGUGGGGAAUGUGGGAAGAGCUUCAGUCAGAGCUCCAAUCUCUGCACCCACCAGCGCAUCCACACUGGGGAACGACCGUACAAGUGCUCGGAAUGUGGGAAGAGGUUUCAGACCAGCUCACAUCUCCUCCAGCACGAGCGGACACACACGGAUGAGAGGCCCUUCCGCUGCACCGACUGCGGGAAGGGCUUCAACCGGAACGGCAACCUCGUCACCCACCGGCGCAUCCACACCGGGGAGAGGCCCUACAAGUGUGGGGAGUGUGGGAAGACCUUCCCCCACAGCUGUACCUUGACCUCACACCAACGGACCCACCAGUAA